AUGGCUGGUUCUUUACCUCCAGAAAUCAGAAAAUUAAAGGCUGCAACACUUAUAGAUCUGUCGAUGAAUCAAUUCUUAAAUGGAAUUCGAAGAGAAAUUGGAGGGUUGCGAAAUCUGGUGCACCUUUCUUUGAGACACAACAAGUUGCAAGGAUCUAUACCUGACUCAGUGAGCAACAUGGUAGGAGGUCCUUUCAAGAAUCUCUCGAGUCAAUUUUUCAUCUACAAUGAAGCAUUGUGCGGUUCUUCAAGAUUUAGUGUCCCGCCAUGCCCCACUUCAUCAAAGCACAAAUCAAAGAGGAAAAAACUGCUAGUUCUAUUUCUUUUUCUAGGACUUGAAAUUUUAUUUGUUCCUAUCAUUUUUGUGUUUGUAUGGAUAUGGUAUUGGCGAGGUAAAAGAGCUCCUCAACUAGCUGAUCCAUUGUCAACAAAGAAACGGGAAACAAUUUCAUACUAUGAACUGCUCCAAGCAAUGGAUGAUCUUAGUGAGAGUAAUCUGAUAGGUUCCGGAAGUUUUGGCUCUGUUUACAAAGGCAUUCUCAAAAGUGGAACUGUCAUUGCAGUUAAAGUAUUUAAUCUGCAAGUGGACGCGGCAUUCAAGAGUUUUGAUACAGAAUGUGAAGUUUUGCGCAGCCUUCGCCAUAGGGAUCUCGUGAAAGUCAUUACUAGCUGUUCCAAUCUUGAUUUCAAGGCUUUAAUUCUUGAGUAUAUGCCUAAUGGUAGUCUUGAGAAAUAUUUGUAUUUGCACAACUACUUCCUCGAUACCAACUAG